AUGAAGGGCGUACGAACGUUGGAAAAUGUUCCUCUGAUCCACGGCCCCACAGCUCGGGCUCCGGCUGGUACUAAGCUAUGGAUCCUCCACGUAGGAAACCUCGAGGCCGAUGAAGGCUGGUUCAAGCGCGCGGGCAACACUUCAACCGCCUCGAACAAGAACCCCGAGAAGCUGCGCCGCAAGCUGGUCAUGCUGUCCAUACUCAUCGAGCACCCGACCGAAGGCCUCAUCCUCUACGAAACCGGCGCUGGAGAUAACUACCCCGAAGUCGUAGGCUCUCCCAUCAACGACAUCUUCGCCCGCGUAGACCAUGACAAAUCGAUGGAACUAUCCGCACAGAUCGAGAAGACAGGGCACGAUAUCAAAGACGUGAAAGCCGUUAUUAUCGGCCAUCUGCACCUCGACCAUGCAGGCGGACUUGAUCCGUUCAGAAAUACCGGGAUUCCGAUUUACGCCCACGAACUCGAGCUGAAAUAUGCAUUCUACGCCGUCGCUACAAAGUCCGACCUAGGCGUCUACCUUCCUCACUACCUCACCUUCGACCUGAACUGGGUGCCUUUCCAUGGCUCUUUCCUCGAGAUUGCUCCCGGGAUUAACUUGCACCAUUCGCCGGGCCACACGCCGGGAUUGUCCGUCAUGCAGGUCAAUUUGAAGGAAAGCGGAACCUGGAUAUUCACUAGUGAUCAGUACCAUGUCAAGGAGAAUUAUCAGGAUGAUGUGCCGCAAGGCUGGCUUGCGAGAGACCAUGAAAGUUGGUGUAGAUCUCACCAGAUGAUAAAGGGAUUGGCGAGGAGAACGGGGGGAAAGGUGGUGCUUGGGCAUUGUUGGGAUACAAUUAAAGAUUUGGGGUUGGAGUUUGCGCCGAAAGUUUAUGAGUGA